AUGCCGGACGAAGCCUUGCAAGUGAUCCGCUACACAAUUGAACCCCAGAUAGCAGAUGCUGAUCGGAAAAAACCCUGGAUCUGGAUGGACAGACUACGACUUCAUUACACGGGAUCUACCGGAAGCUCCUUACUGGCAGAUAGAUUUAAAUUUUGGAACACUCAGCAAACUCUACACGAGUCCACUCAAGAAUGGGAGGUUAAGGUCAGACACGCGGGCAGCUUAUGCUCGUACAACGCACUGACCGACGAAAUGUGCCGCGAAAAAUUCGUUUUUGGCCUACAUGAUAGCACAAUGCGAGCUGAGCUACUCAAAACACACUUAAAACCGGAUGGAACACCUAAGACUAUGCAAGACGUCGUAGCCGAAGCCAAAGCCCUUGAGUCGGCUCAAAAAGCCAACAAACUAAUCGCAGACGCCUCAAAAGGAAUCGAGGAACAAGUAAAUUGGAUAAGCCAUAAACAGAAGAAACUAAAGCGGGAGCCCGGUACCUGUUUUUGGUGUGAGGAUCGACGCGGACCUCAUCCUUGGAAAGCAUGCCCUGCAAAUGGCAAAACCUGCACCAAGUGUGGAAUUAACGACCACUUCUCUAGAGUCUGUCUUGAGACAAAUCCCCUGCAACAAGAACAACCACGAAGAACCACCCAGUGGCAACCCCAAGGCAGGGGUUGA